CGGUCCGAGGUGUUGGGAUGAGUGGAGGAGGCGGAGCUCAGACCCGCAGAAGAGCACGGAGGCGAGGGGGCUAAAAAGGUACAACACACGCCUACUACACGAGCGCUCAACGCCUCGGCAAGUGCUAGUCCGGAUGCCCAAGGCGGGAACCAGAGACCCGACCCGCGUCCACUCACCCUAAGACCCUCGUUCGGCCGCCAGGACCUCAGAGUGCCCCAGGAGAAGAGGUGCAGAGCUGAACGGAGUCUUCAGGGAUUGGAAUUCCAUGUGAAAGGCAAACCCAGGGAGGACACCCCGGCUGCAGACGCCUCUAAACAAGAUGGUGUAUCACCUCUGGCCAAGGAUGUGAGCAGGGUACUAGGCUCCAUCACAUCGUCUGGGACAGCACAAGAUCUGGACCCCCCAGCUCAGAGUGCUGUAUUCCCUACACUUCCCUCAUACUGCUCCAUCUGCAGGCAUCACCAUGGCAGUGCAGAACAGAAACACUAGUUUUGCUUCCAACUUUAGUCCACCCCAAGACCAUGCCUCCUCCCUCCACUUCAACUUCAGUUAUGGUGAUUAUGACCUCCCUCUGGAUGAAGAUGAGGACAUGACCAAGACCCGGACCUUCUUUGCAGCCAAGAUCGUCAUUGGAGUGGCACUGGCAGGCAUCAUGCUAGUCUGCGGCAUUGGCAACUUUGUCUUCAUUGCUGCCCUUGCCCGCUACAAGAAGCUGCGCAACCUCACCAACCUGCUCAUUGCUAACCUAGCCAUCUCCGACUUCCUGGUGGCCAUUGUCUGUUGCCCCUUCGAGAUGGACUAUUAUGUGGUACGCCAGCUCUCCUGGGAACAUGGCCAUGUGCUGUGUGCUUCUGUCAACUACCUGCGUACUGUCUCCCUCUACGUCUCCACCAAUGCCCUGCUGGCCAUCGCUAUUGACAGAUAUCUUGCCAUCGUUCACCCCUUGAAACCACGAAUGAAUUAUCAAACCGCCUCCUUCCUGAUUGCUUUGGUCUGGUUGGUUUCCAUCCUCAUUGCCAUCCCAUCAGCCUACUUUGCAACCGAAACCGUCCUCUUUAUUGUCAAAAACCAGGAAAAGAUAUUCUGUGGCCAGAUCUGGCCAGUAGAUCAGCAGUUCUAUUAUAGGUCCUACUUUCUGUUUAUCUUUGGCCUCGAGUUCGUAGGGCCUGUGGUCACCAUGACCCUGUGCUAUGCCAGGAUCUCCCAGGAGCUCUGGUUCAAGGCCGUCCCUGGGUUCCAGACAGAGCAGAUCCGUAAGCGACUGCGCUGCCGCCGGAAGACAGUCCUGGUGCUCAUGUGCAUCCUUACAGCCUACGUGCUGUGCUGGGCACCCUUCUAUGGCUUCACCAUUGUGCGAGACUUCUUCCCCACUGUGUUUGUGAAAGAGAAGCACUACCUCACCGCCUUCUACGUCGUCGAGUGCAUCGCCAUGAGCAACAGCAUGAUUAACACUGUGUGCUUCGUGACGGUCAAGAACAACACCAUGAAGUACUUCAAGAAGAUGAUGCUACUCCACUGGCAACCCUCUCACCAUGGGAGCAAGUCCAGCGCUGAACUUGACUUCAAAACCACUGGGGUGCCUGCCACUGAAGAGGUGGAUUGUAUCAGGCUGAAGUGACGUGGUAGUGUUACACAACAGAAAACCCAAAUCCAGUACUCAGAGCAUCAUCAAUCAAGUUCACAGCCUGCAUGGAAAAGAACAAUCAUAUUCAUGCCCUCCUGUCUUCACAGAGCUAGAUGCUUUGAAGUCAUAACAAAUAAUGAGGCUGGACACAAACCACAGCCCAGACAUUUACUGAUAUCUGCUGAUAUCAUUAGCCUGCUGAGUACACCGUCACAACCGUAAGAGCAGACACAAGUAGCAGCAACUGACAUGGAAUGAAUACCUACUGCGAGCAAGCCACACCAAUGAGAUUAGACAGAGACAACAGGAUUGUCCUACCUACUGUGUACAAAGACAUUUAAAAAAUCAAAAUGGCAGAAGUUAUCAGAGCCGACAAACUACAUCUAGACAUACAGAUGGCUGGGAAGAGACCACCAAUGGUAUCUGGACUCCCCCUCCAUGAUCCCUCAUUCUGUAUCUUAUCUGAACAGGAAUGCUCAAAGCUAUAGAAUAAGGCAUUUAGACAUAAUUAAAAUGUAAGGAUAAGCCCAUCAGUAUGGAGUGUAUAGCCUCAACUUAGCUCCUACUAUCUCCUAAUAUGUUCUCCAGGAUUGUGGCUGCCAAAGAAGAAUUUUUCUUGCAGUCCAGCCAGCCUUAUGGCCCUUCUACAAUGGUGUAAUGUCGAAGGAGAGAACUAAAAAAAGUCUUACUGUUGGGGUUGGAAUCUCAUCACUCUAUUGGGUGAAGAUGGUCAAUCCUGAGAUGAGGAAUACAUUCAGUUCCUUUCACUUCAGUGUAAAGGAUUUCAGGGGCUGAAAAAAGAAAAAAAGAAAAGAAAGAGCACCAAAAAAAGAAAAAAAAAGAGUGAAGGUCGCCACUGGUAAUAAACAUAAUCUGUGUGGCCAUUUGGCUAAAACCCAAAUAUUUUUGGAACAUACUCUCUUUUACAAAAGAAGCUUUGCUCAGAACCCAAAGACCAGACCAGAGUUCUAGGUCUCAUGUGACCUACCUGUUUCUGUGUGGAUGUCUCAUUUUGUUUUAAUGAUAUGGAAAUAAUCAAAACUUCUGCCUUCCCUGCCACUGGGAGAGCCCAUGUUCAGCAUGUGAACAUGAUUGGAAUGAAUAAGUAAUAUUGAACUGGUGGUUUGGAGGGAGUUGUUUAGAAACUCCAAGCACUGUGGUUUAUUAUGGAGAAACACCUGCACCUUUUUAUCUCUGUUCUUUGGACCAGUGACCCUUGAACUCUUUUCAUAGAAACUCAUCUCAAAUGAGGCAAAAAGGCACCCCUGCCUGUAAUCCCAGCAGGUAGGGAGGCUGAGGAAGGAUGAGCAAGGGUUCAAAGCCAGUGGCAGGGCGCUAAGCAACUCAGUGAGACCCUGUCUCUAAAUAAAAUACAAAAAUAGGACUGGGGGUGUGGCUCAGUGGUCAAGUGCCCCUGAGUUCCAUUCCUGGUACCCCCCCCCAAAAAAAGGCACCACUGUCCCAGGAUAUAAUCAAGAAAAUGUAGCCUCUCAGCAUUGCUACAUGGUCUUAGAAGUGUUGACAGUCUUUCCAGCAUGUUGUCCUCAGCACACCACAGUGCUGCAUAAAUAGAAUUUCUGAAUCCAUUGUUAUUACUAUACAACUGUGGUGAUCAUAUAUAUGUAUCCUCAUUUCUUCCUGACUCAUACUGAAGCAAAGACUGUACAAAUGGUACCUGGUUUGAGAUUGAACCAUCCAUACUUGGUUGAUCCCAAGUUUUCUGAGGAGAAGGAAUUGUUUAGUUGCUUAUUUCUUUUUUCCCAUAUUUUUGAAUUGGUGCAUUAUAGUUGUAUAUAACAGUGGGAUUUGUUAUUACAUAGUCAUACAUACACACAACCUAACGAUAUAUUUUGGCCAAUUUCAUUCCCCAGUAUUUCCCCCUUUCUGCCCCUCCUCCCUCCCCUAGUCCUUUCCCUCUAUUCUAUUAAUCUCCAUUUGAUUUUCAUAAGACCUCUUACUUGCUUGUUUCUUAAAAUUAUUUGUUUGGUUUGUUUUUCCAACAACAAAGUGCCAAUCAGUUGUUUUCUAUCACCACCCCACAGACUUAUCUUCAACCCAAUCAUUGUACCUUUAAAAAAAUGCAGUCUCACCAUAUCAAAAUGGUUUAUAAAUUCUGAUUUCACCAAGUUUCACAGUGCAUUCCAAAGCCAAGCAAGGAAGCAUGGUGGAUUAUCUACAGUUUUACAAUUGUAAUGCUUUAGCUUUCCUGGAUGAGGUGGCACACAUCUAUAAUCUCAGCUAUCUCAGAAGGCUGAAGCAAGAAGGUCCCAAGUGUGAUACCAGCUUGGACAACUUAGUGAGAUCCUGUCCCAAAAUUUAAAAAUGAAAAUAAAAAGUGCUGGGGAUGUAGUUCAGUGGUAGAGUGCUUAACUAGCAUGCAUGAGACCCGGAGUUCAAUAUAUUUGCCAUAUAUCAGUCAAUAAGAUUCAUCUCUUUUUUUCUCUUUGUAUUCUAAAAUGUAUCAUCCUCCUUUCACUUUAACUGAAAAAAAAAUCUUGUAAACAUCAGUGUGUAUUUGUGAUUUGCCAGUGAAUAAAAGUGUUGUGUUGUUAUUCAAUGGAAUAAUUAACAUAUGAAAUCCUAAUCACAGUGUUUGUUUCCCUGCUAAUGUUUCAUAUCAUGUUAGUAUAUUUAGAUAUUAAUGAAGCAACAGCCAUUUAAACAGCUCAACCCUGAAACAGAGACAGAACUUGGCAAAGACAUUUUUAGAGCAGUGGAAGCUCAUACCAGCAACCAGACUCAUCUCCGUUACAUCUCUCAAGCUCAUUGCCCAGGACUGUGUUCUUGUGUGCAAAGAAGCAGGGAACCACUAUACUGUGUCCAUGUUACCCAUUAGUUUUAAAAUGACCUUGUUUGUUUAAAAGUUUACUGCUAUUUGCAUGGAGACUGUUUAUCUCUCAAUCCAAAAUUAAGGUAAUAAAUCAAUAGUAUUUGUGUCUU